AUGUCGAGCGAACCUCGGAACAUCGAGGCUCCAAGACAAAACGAGGGCACAGAAAAUCGAGAACGGGAUGUCAGACCUUGUGGAGAAGAGAAACCUAUUUGCGCUCACUGCGAGAGACGAGGUGAAGAAUGCCACUAUACUGUCCCGAUCCAUAUCAGGCACCACGCCACGCCAGUUACCUCGCCGCCAUCUGCAACGGCGCCAAGUCUUGGUUUAUUAGACCUGGAGCUCAUGCAUAACUUCUGCACGUCGACUUAUGCAACGCUCAGCAACGAUGUGGCAGUCCGAGAUCUCUGGCGAGUCCGCAUUGUGAGGCUUUGUCUCAAAUGUGACUAUGCCAUGCUGGCAAUCUUAUCUGUCUCGGCACUCCAUCUAAGCCACUUCUCAACAGAACGAAAGGAGCUCCUCCGCGAAAGGGCUAUUGUGUAUCACAACCAGGCACUCAGCAUCGCAGCUCCAUUCAUCGACGCUUACGACAACGCCAACGCUCAAGAGCUCUUUGCAUUUUCCAUCUUGACUAUCUACUACUGUAAGUUCCUCCAGCAUUUCUUCCUCGUCACGCCUGGUCUAAAUUAUGCAGCGUUCGCACAAACCCCACAGAACGAAGACAGCCCAUAUCCUCCUUGGGUGGUUUUGAUCAACGGGUGCGCAAGCUUCGCCUCGUUGGGCGACAGCACGCUCUCCCUCGGCCCUUUCUCAGCCCUUCUAUCCAAGGCGCGCAGACGGUUCAAAAUCAGGGAGCGUGUCUUCGAAAUCGACUAUGUGCAACAGCUCAAGGCCUUCAUCGAUGAGACGAUUACAGAUCCAGUACAGCGCUCUAUCUACCAAGAUACGCUUCGCGCGUUGAACCAGACGUAUGGUGUUUUCUAUGAGACGGAUGGUGAUAAAGACUUGGUUGACAUCUUUUCUUGGACUGUCCCAGCCAAGGCCUUCUUCGAGUUUGUGGCGGAAGAAGAACCGGAAGCCCUUGUUGUCCUUUCUUACUUCUGUGUCUUGUUGCACAAAUUGCCUAGUCAAUGGUGGCUGAGCGGUUGGGUCAGUCAUAUUAUGACGCGAAUAUAUGCUUCUGUUGGAGAGAAGUAUCUGCCCUAUUUAGUAUGGCCCAUGGAGGAGAUUGGUUGGUUGCCGAAGAAUUAA